AUGGGGCCCCCGGGCAAUAGGGGAUCAUGGGGCCCCUGUGUCCUUGCCCAAACUCAAAAAUGCCUAUGAAAAAGGUACCAGGGGCAUCUCAUGGGGCCCCCUACUGAACUUAAGCCCUCGGGCAGUGCCCGAGUUUCCAAAUGGUCAGUGAGCCCCUACAGGGGCGGACUGACAACUCAUGGGGCCCCCGGGCAAUAGGGGAUCAUGGGGCCCCUGUAUCCUUGCCCAAACUCAAACCACACCCAAAAAUGCCUAUGAAAGGUACCAGGAGCAUCUCAUGGGUCCCCCUACUGACCCCGGGCCCUCGGGCAGUGCCCGAGUUCCCAAGUGGUCAGUUCGCCCCUGCU